UUAUAUACAAUGCAGAAUUAUGCUUCUGCGUUCUUAUAAUAUAUAUUUAAUUAUAUUUUAGCAUUAGGGUUUUAGAAAUAUAAAGUUGUUUAUAUAAAAUAAUAAAGGGUCCAGAAUUUCCAGAAUCCUUUGGGCACAAUGUGUACUAUCUAUGCAGUUCUAGUGGUUGGCUAUUCUGCACUACAUCUAUAGAAGACCUAAACGCCCGCCCAGUCAAACGCACUUGUUUCUCUGGAUUGGUGGCUCGCGUUGGAUGUCUGGGGGCCAACGGCUUUAAAACAUCAUGUGAGCGCCUCCUCCUGUCGAAACUCUCACAGUGGGUCGGAAUAAACACAAGAACAGAGAUUCCUGCAUCCAUCUUCAUCAACAUGACAUGCUUUAUUUGCAUUUCUGUCUUUUGUUUGUCUGCAUUUUUAAUGGAGGCGCAGGGUACGUAUGGCCCUUACUUAAGGAACCAUAACCAGCUCUACGGAGACCGACAGAGAUCUGACUUCACCCCCAAUGUGCCUGUUCCUGGACACGGCAAUUCCAUCAACUUUGGAGCUCAUGGCUUUAAUCACAGGUUUUACAGCUAUCAUCAUCGCAACCCUCAUCAGCAUCAUCCCCAGCGGCCGCCCUGGAAAGGGCCUCCCUUUAUCUACCACCGUCCUGUCUUACCAGUCCGACCCAUCUCACCUGUCCAUCCUGUCCGGUCAGUUGUGCCCACACCUCCCAGAAUUCUGGUGGUGCUACCUGUCCCUACAGUGCCCAUGCCACUCACCAAGGUAGCCACCCUACCCCCGCCACCUCCAACACAGACUACAACCACUACAACCACAGCAACCACAACAACCACAGCAAUCACAACAACCACAACAACCACAGCAACCACUCCAGAGCCGGUCAGUACCCCUCAUGGCACACCUGCCCCUGCCGAACCUUCCACUGACCCAGCUCCAGCACAGCUCUGCAAGAGCCGUCCUCUAGACCUGGUUUUUAUCAUUGACAGUUCUCGUAGCGUCCGUCCUGCAGAGUUCGAAAAGGUCAAAAUCUUCCUCUCUGAAAUGGUUGAUUCUCUUGAUAUCGGAACCGAUGCCACACGAGUUGCCCUGGUCAACUACGCCAGCACUGUCAACAUUGAGUUCCUUCUGAAAAAGUUCUUCAGUAAGGCCGAGGUCAAGCAGGCCUUCUCCCGUAUUGAUCCACUCUCAACAGGAACUAUGACUGGCCUGGCUAUCAAAACCGCCAUGGAGCAGGUUUUUACAGAGGGUGCUGGGGCCCGGCCACUAAAAAAGAACAUCGGUAAGGUGGCCAUCAUUGUGACCGAUGGAAGGCCGCAAGAUAAAGUUGAAGAGGUGGCAGCAGCAGCAAGGGCUUCUGGAAUUGAAAUAUAUGCUGUCGGAGUGGACAGAGCAGAUAUGCGGUCUCUUAAACAGAUGGCCAGUCAGCCUUUGGAUGACCAUGUGUUCUAUGUGGAGACAUAUGGAGUGAUUGAGAAACUAACAUCUAAGUUCAGGGAGACACUCUGUGGUUUCAAUGCUUGUGCGCUUGGGCACAACUGCCAACAUAUUUGUGUCAACAACAAUGCCUCUUAUUUCUGCAAGUGCAGAGAGGGAUAUGUAAUCAACUCUGACAAGAAAACGUGCUCUAAGCAGACCAAUGAAGAGGCAAGAGGAGAUCUGACUGAGAAUGCCUGCAUGUGUGAAGCUCAGAUCGCAUUUCAGAGGAAGAUCCAGAACAGUAUACAAUCUCUCACCAGCAGACUGGAUGACAUCUCAAACAGAGUGCAGCAGUUUGAUCUCCGUCGUGCCUAGAGAGGAGGAUGGGACUGUAAACGCUAAAAAGAAAGAAGAAGCAAAAGAAGAAAAAAACAAAAACAAUUUAAUCUCUCAUUAGCUGCCUACAAUGUAUCCCAUGUAUUCCCCAUUUUGAUUGUUUAAUCUUAGGCUACUUCAUAUUGUGCUUAUAAUUAUUGUAGAUUCUGUUAUAUUCUGAGUAUGAUAUUUGAGUUAUCAUCAUAAAUCAAAUUCAUUU